AUGGCAUGCUUUGUGCCUUUCAACAACAGGAAUUUGGACAUAAGUAUCUUCGUGUUCAGACCAACUGUUGUGCUGGUUGAUGACCUUCUUAACGCCCUCAAACAAUUCUCUUUGUGCACUGAGUCUCUUGGCUGUGUCCAAAGCUCCAUCUUGCAGAGCAUCCAUGGAAAUAUGAUCAUAUGGUUUGGAGCAUGGCUGAAGAGAUCUUGUGAAAACAAGGACUCAUUGACUGCAAGCCUUCUCUCAAUGUUAACGAACAUGUCGAGCAUGGCUAUCUUACUCGAACACUCCUUCUUUGAUGCGUACGCUGGAGAAUCAAGAGACGGGUCUUGUGCUGCAAAAUUUUGCAGAGGUGACACGGUGUCAAUGAGCACAGCGGUUGUCAAUGGCGGCAACAUGAACAACGUCUCUUACGCAUGCUUAGCGAUGUUCAAGUCCGGUUUCCAGAAGAUGGAAGGCGUGGCUGCCGGUGUUUGCUUGAAAUGCCAAACCAAGCCAAGAAUUGCUUCUCUUUUUGUGUGGAAGUCUCUGCAAUAUUGUUACUCAUGGAUUCUAAAUUCAGACCAGAGAAAAGCAAUGCUACCCUAUUUUGAAAGCGUGUCAAUUGAGAUUAAGUACGACAUCUUUCGAGUGGUGUAUGUCAGUGGUGACAAUGAUCUCAAGUUUCAGUUCUUCUAUCCUCCUCAUCAAAUGUUGGAACAAACAACUGGAGGGGAAGGUAAAGAAGAAGGGCAUCUCAUGCAAAGCACUUCCAUAGUAUGA